AUGGCACUGCUGGCUUCUGACUGCUCGUUGAUGAGCGCUCGCGGAUUGAACGCCGGAGGUCGACCCCAGACAGAUUUCCUUCAACGAAGCUCCCAAUUGGCCAGCACAGCCUCCUCCUCGUCCGCACGCUCACUUACAAUCUCAACCCCUGGAGGCACCGCGGCCAGGGGUGCUUCCCGGGGGACCAGGCAAGCAGGUCCAGUUAUUUGCCGCUCCCAACGCUUCACAUCCGCGUCGUCUCGUUCUGACGCGACGGGAAGUGAACGAGGUAGACAUGGCAAUGGACGGCUGGAGUCUCUGCAGGAAACUUUGACGUUUGGCCAGAAAGCUGCAUCCAAGGCGACAGCAGCUCUGCUGGCAACCCUCAUCACUCUCACGCCCACAGCAGCCGCUUGCUUCGCACCAUGGUCAGCCGAAGCAGCUUCCACGAAGUUCCCGUGCGAAGACGUGGAGCAGUACUAUGCAGGCACGCAGGGGCUGAAGGGAGAGGCGCUAAAGGCGAAGCUGCACGACAUUAUAAAGGGUCAUAAAGUGUACACCUACACCGAGGCAUGGGAUGCUCUGAAGAUUCUUGAUGCAGCGGACCAAUCAGAUCCUGCUAAAUCCCGUGACGUUGUGGAGAUCUACACGCGUAGGGCAGUGCCCAAGGACACACAGGCCACGCCUGAAGGCUGGAACAGGGAGCAUCUGUGGCCGCGCUCCUACGGCCUCACUCAGGGCCGCCCUGAGUUCUCCGACCUUCACAACCUGAGACCCGCUGAUGUCAAUGUGAACUCCGCCAGAGGCAACAAGUGGUACGGUGAAUGCACGUCCACUGACGGUACCUGUAUGGUGCCGGCCAACAGGGAGGCAGCAGCAGACACCGCCACCAACAAGGACGUCUGGACUCCCCCCACUGAGGUGCGGGGAGACAUAGCACGUGCGCUGCUCUACAUGGCUGUGAGAUACGAUGGCUCUGUGCCAGGCGAGCUGGACCUCGAGCUCUCAGACAACCCCAAAAUCGCCGAGGGUCAGAUGGGGCUACUCUCACCUCUGCUCAAGUGGCAUGCCAUCGAUCCACCUUCAUCCCUUGAGACCACGCGCAAUGCCCGCGUGUGCUCCCUCUACCAGCACAAUCGCAACCCCUUCGUUGACCACCCCGAGUUCGUCUCCCUUAUCUGGACCGCCGGGCCAGCCUCGGCACCGGCUGUAGGCUCGGGGGCAGACCUGGGCGUAGGCUCGGGAAGCGGAUUCAGCUUGCCCGGAGCAGCACCGCCAGUGGGGGGAGGCUUGGGAGCAGCAGCAGGAGGGGCUAGCGGGGUGGCUGCUCCACGCGUGCCUGGUUUGCAGGCAAAGGCUUGGUUUAAUGAGAUUCACUACAGCAAUGAAGGGCCGGAUAAGAACGAGUUCAUUGAGGUGGUAGUAAGUCCAGGCGUGGACCCCUCCACCCUCACCAUCUACCUCUACAACGGAGCCAAUGGCAAAAGCUACGGGAAGCUUCCUCUCUCCAAGUUCAACCUUCCUCCCACCAACGUUAACGGCUUCGUGGUGUAUGGCAACACGUACGCUCAAGGGGGGCUGCAGAACGGCCCGUCAGAUGGCAUGGCACUUGUUUCCCAGCCGGCAAACGGCGAUGCCACAGUGAUUCAAUUCUUGUCGUAUGAUGGCGAGUUGGUUGCUGUGGAUGGGCCGGCCAAGGGGUUUAAGUCGACCGAUAUUGGAGUGAAGGAGACGGAUAACUCGCCGGCUGAGAGCGCUCUUGGGCUGAUUGGGGUGGGGAAGAAGUACGAGGACUUCAAGUGGUCCAAGUUCAACAAGAAUGCGUCACCUGGCCGUGUCAAUCUGUUCGCGCGUAUCAUGGAUCCAGCAACCUGUAACAGCUGGGAGAGAGCGUCGCAAUCGUCGGAUCAUUACCAUCCCGACGAUGAUUAUCAAGACAACCACGGCAACGGAUGGAACGACGAACCCCGAGCGUCCAAUUGGGAGCGGGAAAACACUGUAGAUAGGCAGCAACGGCAGCAGCGGCGUCAGCAUCGGCAUGAGGAUCAGGCGUGGGAGGAGGAUAACCAUGUAGGGGAGCAGGAGCGGCGGAGACCGUCGAAGGAACGGGAAGCGAAGCCGACGAGAAAAAAGAAAGAGAGCGGCGGUAGCAGCAGCAGCGGUGGUAAGAAGGCGGAGUCUAACGGUCCGACAAUACCAGAGGAGUUUAUGUGUCCGCUUUCGUUAACCGUCAUGACUGACCCCGUCAUAAUCGCAUCAGGCCAGACGUACGAGCGUGCUUCUAUCGAGCGGUGGUUCGCGGAGGGUAAGCGGACGUGUCCCAAGUCCGGCGUGCGGAUUGACCAUACAAACUUCUGCCCGAACUUUGCCCUAAAAAGCAUGAUCUCUGAUUGGAUGGCACAAGGUUCGGGCAGCCACUCUUCAGCUGCCCGACCCAGCACUGCCCCAGCGAAAAAAACCGUGGUGAAAAGCUCCUCGAAAACCAGCCAGUUGCGGCCGAAAACACCACCUCCUCCUUCGCUGUUGGCGCAGUCUCAGUCGGAGCGCGGUCCAGACGAUCAGGACUUCGAACGUUCUUCCGAUGGGGUAGUGCGGAAGAAAAAAGUGGUUAAGAAGAAGAGUGCGGAUGGCGGGGAGGAGAGGGGGCGCAAGGCUUCAGGCUCGGGAAGUGGUUCGGACGCCAAGGCUCGGGCGAGGUCCGUCAGCCCGCUGCCGUCGAACCUGUCGAAGAAAGUGGCGGCGAUGGGUGGGGAUGGUCAGGGAGGGGACGGACCGACGGAUAUUAAAGCCGUAUGGGAUUCUAUAGCGUCGCAGAGCAGCAAGCCUAAGAAGGCAGGAGGUUUGCAGCGGCAUUUAUCGUACUUUCCGCGCGGUGAGGACGGGUUCGGAUCUCCCGCCGACGAUGACGAUGACGUAGGGGGGAAACUUUCCGCCGGAAUGUCCGCGCUCAAGUUAGGCCGUGGCGGCGGGGGCGGCGGCGGGGGUGGAGGUCCCGGGAAGGUAUCAGAUCUGAUGAAGGGGAGGAGUAUGAAGAUGACAAGGAAGCAGCGGGAUAAGCUACUAUCGGAGAUAGGAUCGGAUGGGGUUAGAGGCGGCGCGGGGCUAAGGAUGCCCGCCGAGGGGCCGUCGUCGGGCGACGCGGAUGAGGCGGCGCCGCCGUCGCUGCGCAGCAGCGCUAAGAUGCGGUCCCAUUCGGAAACGGGCAGGAAGGUGAAAAAAUCUGAGAGGGAUGCGGAUAGGGCGGCAGGUGGGGGAGGGGGACGGGGGGACGAGGAAUACGGCGGGCACGGGGAGCACCUGGCACCAGCGGGGAGAACUUUGGCGGGGGGAGGCGGAGGCGGGGCAGGCGCGAGCAUGUCCCCGCUGCCGCAGCGGCCAGGGUCGGUGGGGCACGGGCGGGUGCCUAGCAUUAGCAGCAACAGCAGUGGGAGCAGCACGGGGGGACGACGGCACUUCGGUAUGGACUCUACUGAUGGCAGCAGUAUGGGCGGCGCGAGCAGCGCAAGCGGCGGCAGGCGGCAGUUCGCCGCGAAUCCGGGAGACGAGCGGCCUAGGACCUCGGGCGCCGCGUUCGGCGGGGACUACGGGCAGGGGGGCGGGGGCGGGGGGGAGCCGUGGAGGGGCGCGGGGUCGGGGAUGGCACCCAGCGGAAGCACCGCGGGCAGGCCUAAGGGGCUCCGGAAAGGCGUGCUGAAAAACGCUGCUGGCGCUGCUGCUGCUGCUGGCGGCGGCGGCGGCGGCGGCGGCGGCGGCGGGGGCGGGGGCGGGGGCGGAUACGGUGGGGGGCAAGGGCAGGGUUUGGAGCGGCUGACGUCAUCCAUCCCGCAGUGGCAGGCGGAUAUCGAGGCCAUGUCGGCCGGCAGAACGUUCCGAAAGUCGCCGACCAACCCGUCGCCCCACUUGCACGAUGUGGACGUUGAGAGUACAUCAUCGGCUGGUAGGGCUUUCAGAAAAUCAACCACCAACCCGGCAAUGCAAGAUGUAGACAUGGGGUAUGGUCAUGCCACUCCCCCCAUGACCCCUCCCCCUCAGUACCCCCCCCAGCCGCCCCAGGGGCCUUCUGCUACAGGCGGGGGCGGCGCUCCUGGUGUGCCGCGGCUGCAGAGAAACAGCAGCGCGCGCAGCACGUGCAGCAUGAUGAGCAUGCCGGGCGGCAGCAAUGAUGACCCGGGCGGCGCACCCGUCCGGCGGGACAUGGGCCCGAUGGUUGAGGCACUGAAUUUCGGGUCAGGUGUGGACCGGCGGGCAGCUGUGCGAGACAUCCGAACUGCCAUCAAGGGCUGCCCGGAAAACAAAGCACAGCUGGUGCAACUAGGGGGGAUCGAGCCGCUAGUGGAAGUAAUCGAAUCUGACGACUUAGAAGCAGCAGAGCACGCUGUUGCUGCUCUCAUGAACCUAUCCCUCCACUGGAACGCAUCAGGGGAGAUUGUGCGAGCGGGUGGAAUACCAGCCCUGGUGGGCAUGCUCAAUCACGGCACGUCGGCCUCGCAAGGCAAUGCUGCCGCCACCCUGUUUGCCCUCUCCAAAGAAGACGACCACAAGCUGAUGGUCCGAGCAUCAGGGGCCAUCCCUGCACUCAUCUCGCUCCUCAAAACUGGCACGGUGCGGGCAAAGAAAGACGCAGCUCUGGCUCUCUUCACUCUCUCCACCCAGGUGCGCUGCGCCCGGGAUAUCCUUAAAGCCGGAGCUGUCGAGGUCCUGCUAGGCAUGUGUGGCUCGGGGGACUCCGCCGACCCUCCCCCGCCAGGCUUGGAAGAGAAAGCCACGGCGGUCCUAUCCAACCUGGCCCGGUUCCCCGAAGGGUGCCAGUCGGUGGUGGAGUGCGACGGGCUGACCAUGUUUGUGGAUCUACUUGAUGAGGGGUCAUCAGCGCGGGUGAAGGAGGAUGCGGCGUCGGUGCUGCUACAGCUGGCGGCCAUGGGGUUUGUGACGUACGGGGACUUGCUCGCGGAGGGCGUGCUGCCGUCGCUGGUGCGCGUGUCGCAGACGAGUGCCGAGAACUCGGAGGCCAAGACGCUGCUGCAGAUCCUGCGGCAGCACUGCGCCGAGAACAAGCGGUGA